CACACACACAUAUAUAUAUAUACAUAUCGAUAUAUAUUAACAAGUGUUGGAAAUUGGUUGGGGUUUUGAAUAAAAAGAAAAGCAUAAUUCCCAUCAAAAAAAUUAGCAUGGAUGACAAGAAAUCAAAAUACGAAGAGACGGAAGGAGAAAGCAUGAAGAAGAAGACGAUGAAAGGAGUUGUGGUUCUAAUGAAGAAGAAUUUACUAGAAGUGAACGAUAUUGCAGCAUCUGUUGUGGAUAGUGUAGACGAAAUCCUGGGAAGGAAGGUGGCCUUCCAGCUCAUCACCACCUCUUCCCUCGAUCAUGAUUCUGAAGAAAAUUUGAAAGGGAAACCCGGGAAGAUAGCGUACCUGGAAGACUGGAUUACCAAAAUCGGCCCUUUGACAGCAGGGGAUGCAACAUACACCGUCACGUUCGAGUGGACAAAGGAGAUGGGGGUUCCAGGGGCAUUUACGGUAACAAAUUUUCACCACAGUGAGUUCUACCUCAAGACACUCACUCUUGAAGAUGUACCUGGCCAUGGCCGAGUACAUUUCGUCUGCAACUCUUGGGUUUAUCCUGCUCAAUAUUACGAGACCGACCGUGUGUUUUUUGCUAAUCAGACAUAUCUUCCCAACCAAACACCUGCACCGCUACGUCGUUACAGAGAGGAAGAAUUGCAGAACCUGAGAGGAAACGGAACUGGAAAGCUUGAGGAAUGGGAUAGGGUUUACGACUAUGAUAUCUACAAUGAUUUAGGUGAUCCAGAUAAGGGUCCAAAGCACGUACGGUCUAUUCUAGGCGGUUCGACUGAAUAUCCAUACCCUCGUAGAGGAAGAACAGGUCGACCUCUGGCUUCAUCAGAUCCUAAUAGCGAAAGUAGGAUACCACUGUAUCAGAGCUUGAGUAUAUAUGUUCCAAGGGAUGAAAGGUUUAGUCACCUGAAGAUGUCGGAUUUUGUGGCGUAUGCUCUAAAGUCGAUAUUUCAGUUCCUUGCCCCUGAGUUUGAGGCUCUCUUCGACAAAACUCCCGAAGAAUUCGACUCACUUGAGGACGUGCUGCAGCUCUAUGAAGGCGGGAUCAAGGUACAGAACGGAUCUUUACUAGAAAAAAUUAGCGAACACAUCCCCUUCGAAAUGAUUAAGGAGUUGCUUCGAUCUGAUGGAGAAAAAUCCUUUAAAUUUCCACUGCCACAGGUUAUUAAAGAGGAUAAAACUGCUUGGAGAAGUGAUGAAGAAUUUGGUAGAGAAAUGCUGGCUGGACUCAAUCCUGUUGUUAUACGUCGCCUCCAGGAGUUUCCCCCAGCAAGCACGUUAGAUCCCGAGCUAUAUGGAAAGCAAUCCAGCACAAUCUCUGAAGAACAUAUAGUAAACAGCCUAGACGGCUUCACCAUAACGGAGGCUAUCGAGAAAAAUAAGCUGUUCAUAUUAGAUCACCACGAUAACCUGAUGCCCUACCUGAGAAGGAUAAACACUACAGCAGCAAAGACUUAUGCAACAAGAACGGUUCUCUUCUUGAAAAGCGAUGGAACUCUGAAGCCAUUGGCAAUUGAGCUGAGCUUGCCGCAUCCAAACGGGGAUAAAUUCGGAGCAGUAAGUUCAGUGUACACUCCAGCCGAAGAUGGGAUUGAAGGCACAGUUUGGCAGUUGGCCAAGGCUUAUGUUGCAGUGAAUGAUUCUGGCUAUCAUCAGCUCAUAUGUCACUGGUUGAACACUCAUGCAGCAAUUGAGCCAUUCAUUAUUGCCACCAAUCGGCAGCUGAGCGUACUUCACCCAAUUCAUAAGCUUUUGCAGCCUCAUUUCCGAGAUACGAUGAAUGUAAACGCAAUGGCUAGGCAAACCCUCAUAAAUGCUGGAGGGUUUCUUGAAAUUACUGUUUUUCCAGGGAAAUAUGCCCUGGAAAUGUCGUCUACCAUUUACAAAAACUGGGCUUUCCCAGAUCAGGGACUCCCUGCAGAUCUCGUUAAGAGAGGGGUAGCAAUUGAAGACUCGAGCUCCCCACACGGAGUUCGCCUACUAAUUGAGGACUACCCCUUUGCUGUUGAUGGACUCGAGAUCUGGACAGCGAUCAAAACAUGGGUUGAGGACUACUGCAGCAUUUACUACAAGACAGAUGACAUGGUACAGAAAGACAUUGAGCUUCAGUCAUGGUGGAAAGAAGUACGAGAAAAGGGACAUGGAGACAAGAAAGACGAACCAUGGUGGCCAAAGAUGCAGACAAGGAAAGAACUGAUAGACUCGUGCACAAUCAUCGUAUGGGUGGCAUCUGCUCUUCAUGCAGCAGUGAAUUUCGGACAGUACCCUUACGGAGGCUAUCUGCCAAACCGACCAUCCACGAGCCGACGUUUCAUUCCAGACAAGGGCACACCUGAGUACGACGAACUAAAAACGGACCCCGAAAAGGCUUUCUUGAAGACCAUCACUUCCCAACUGCAGAGCGUGCUCGGCAUUUCCCUGAUUGAAAUAUUGUCGAGGCAUUCUGCCGAUGAGGUUUAUCUUGGACAGCGAGAUUCUCCUGAGUGGACAACCGAUACAGAAGCAAUUAAAGCAUUUGAAAUGUUUGGCGAAAGGCUAGUAAAAAUAGAAAAGAGAAUCAUCGAGAUGAACAAGGAUGGGAGAUGGAAGAACAGGUCAGGGCCAGUCAAGAUGCCUUACACUUUGCUCUGCCCCAGCAGUGAUAUUGGACUUACUGGCAGAGGAAUUCCCAACAGCAUUUCGAUGUAGAGAACUUCAAAGUAAAAAUAUUACAACUAUUUAGUUUCCUUACGUUUCUACUUGAUCUUAUAAGGAUUUGUCAAUAAGAUUAUACACGUAUUGCAAUAAAUGUUCCAAAGCAGCAAGCCAGCAAUUAUAUGCUACAAGAUGAUAUGUAUUUGGGCUCUGUAAUAAUAGUUGCACUAGUAGACUAGCGUCAUUUUCAAUAAGCAUGCUUUGUAGAAAUUGUCUUCAUUUUCAUGUUAAAAGAUUCAGCAUUCUUGUCUUUUAAUUUGUAACAGAAUAUCAUAUUUUUUGGUAGCUA